GCAGCAGCAGCAGAAGCAGCAACAGCAACAGCGGCAGCGGCGGCAGAAGCAGCAGCAGCAGCAUCAGAGAGCCCAAAACCACUGCUUUAUAUUUGAACUAAAAGGUAACUGCUCCCCUCCAGCCGCUGUGUCCCUGACGGUGAACCGCACGAGGAGCCAGUGACUCUGCCCGGGGGAAAGGCUUCUCUCUCCAGACAGAAAACAACACAACGGUGCUCGUUCUUAACCGUUUUUCUCCUACGCCCCCCCGUUUAGCUAGGUAGCUAACCCGCUAGCUCCCCUAGCGCCGCUGAGCUCCGGUCUCCUCCUCCUGCUCCUUCUCCUGGCUUCUUCUCAUUUUCCCCCCUACGAGAGCUGGACCGCAGCCGAAGACAGGAGCCCGUCGACAAAGGCAAGAUAAAGUGGAAAGAGAUCACUCCCAACAAACAGGCAUCCGUGAUCUGAUGUGAGAUCCACGGAGAGACUAUGCCUAGCCCUUUAUUCCACCCUGAGAUUUUGGACCACGACAUGGUGAUCAGCAGCCAGCACAAUGGGGUCGGUCUGACCCGAGAGACGGACCAGGAGUCCCGGGACGAGGACCACCAAGAGGCGCUCCGCUUCGCCCUGGACCAGCUGUCACUCAUGGCCCUGGAGAAAGUGGACUGUGGGGGCGGACUGGUCGACUCUCUGGACGGGACCUCGGGUCCCCCUUCCGAGGGCUGCAACGGCGUCGGUGGAGGGGGCUACAUGGACCUACAGAUGCUGGAGCAUCCCGGUGGGUCGCGGGACUCGCCCUCGUCCUGCUCCCCAUCCCCGGAGUACUAUGGCUCCGGCGGGUACCACAUGAGCGGCUCGCACCCCAUGCUCCACGGGGAACAAAGCUCCGUCCUCUGCAGCAGGAAAAGAAGUGUCAACAUGACUGAAUGUGUGCCUGUGCCCAGCUCCGAGCAUGUGGCUGAAAUCGUAGGAAGACAAGGUUGUAAGAUCAAGGCCUUGCGUGCCAAAACAAACACCUACAUUAAGACUCCAGUGAGGGGCGAGGAACCCGUCUUCAUCGUUACAGGGCGCAGAGAGGAUGUGGAGAUGGCCAAACGUGAAAUUGUCUCUGCGGCCGAGCAUUUCUCUAUGAUCCGGGCGUCCCGCUGCAAAGCUGGCGCACCCGGAGGAGGAGGGGGAGGAGGGGGAGGAGGAGGAGGGUCUCUUCCUGGACCACCACACCUCCCAGGACAGACCACCAUACAGGUGAGGGUUCCCUACAGAGUGGUUGGUUUAGUUGUUGGACCAAAGGGAGCAACUAUCAAACGCAUCCAGCAGCAGACUCACACCUACAUCGUGACACCCAGUCGAGAGAAGGACCCCGUGUUCGAGGUGACCGGGAUGCCUGAGAACGUGGACCGAGCGAGAGAGGAGAUCGAGACCCACAUCACCCUGCGGACUGGAACCUUUGUCGACCUGCAGGGAGACAAUGACUUCCACUCCAACGGCACCGAUGUCAGCCUGGAAGGCCUGGCCGGUCUGAACGGAGGGCUGCCAUCGGCUCUGUGGUCCAGGGCUAACAACCACCAUUCUGGCCCUCCUCCUCCUCCAUCCUCCCCUCCUUCCACUGCUCCCAUGUCCAUGCACCACUCCUCCAGCCGAAAGGUGUCCUCCUCAUCCACCUACCAAGCGCACAACGGCGGUGUGAACUCAGAAAGCUUCAGCACCGCCCGUAAAGCCAACGAGGGGGGCAGUCCCACUAGUCCUUUUAGCACAGGCUCCAGCAGCACAGGAGGAGGGUUCACGUUCGGGGGUGACUCCACCCCGGGGCUGCCCUCCUCAGAUGAACUGGGCUUUGAGUUUAGUGCUGCCAACAUCUGGGCUCCUUUUGCCAACGGUGGAACCGGCAAUAAAACAGCCGGCUCCUCCCAGCAGCAGCCUCUACGUCGCAACAGCAGUGGGCUCAGUGGCGGCGCCAUCACUCCACGAUUGUCUCCAACUCUGCCUCAGGACGCAGGUGUGGGUCCUCUUGAUCACCCCCUGGCCCGUCGUGCACAAAGUGACCCCCUCAGCACUCUCUCCUGGCUCCAGUCAGGCAGCGCAGGAGGCGGCUCCUUCUCUGGGGCAUCCAGCUCCAGCUCCGGGGGCUCGUCCACAGGUUACUCCUCCUGCUCGGCCUCCUCCCUGCCCGGCGGCUCCCCAACUGACUCCGAGGGAGGCAGCAGCGGCGUGGGCCUCAGCUCUGGGAUCCUGAGUCGACUGAAAAGCGGCUCUGGGGUGGCGGGCCUGGUCGGGGUCGGCCCCGGGGUCAACAGGGACUGCUUCGUGUGUUUUGAGAGCGAGGUGACGGCAGCCCUGGUGCCUUGCGGCCACAACCUGUUCUGCAUGGAGUGUGCCGGGCAAAUCUGCCAGUCAAGUGAGCCGGAGUGCCCUGUCUGCCACAUCCCCACCACACAGUGCAUCCGCAUCUUCUCCUAAGAGAUCGGGGAUGGGGGGGGUAUAAGAGGGGUGGGGGCAGGAAGAGGACUGGGUGGGGCACCGGCGGAGGCGGUGGAAGGAUUCACACUAAGACCCUUCACACACAUGACGGACCAUAAUAAAUACAUUACUAGAGAUGAUGAUACCACGCGGAUGUUGAUUUAUUACUGAUAUCUGUCAAGAUGAAUAAUAACAAUAAUAAUAAUGACUGACUUAUUUUAAGAGUGAAGUUACUAGAAACUGGUCUGCAGCCACGGGGGCUCAGACAGUCUCUCGGCGGUGAACUUUAUGGAAGGAACCUAGUGUCUUAUCUCUCUUCAGGCCUUCAUUUGGAGCCGGAGCAGCGUGCACCACUGGCCGCCGGUCCGUCUCCACAUUUCUUCAUCCUGGCUUCUUCACAUCUCUGCCUGCUUUCUCUCUCACAGCCUUUCCUUUUGACACUUUUGUACUUAACAGAUAUUUUUCGAUGAAGUUGUCACUGAGGCCUGCACUUUUCUACUCCUUAUUUUAAUGUUCUUGACAGGACUCAAACAGUUGCAACAAAUGCCCCCCCAACACCACCCGAUUUCUCCUCCGCUCUCAUUCAUGCUGUUUGUGACACGAAGCGGCGGGGUGGCUGUUAUCCUCUUAAGCUUGGGACUUUGACAAAGGUCGGCAUGUAGUCAGGCACCUAGCAGAACAAUGCGCCCGAGGGACCUCUUAAGGAUGAAUUCCUUGUUUCUCGUUGCCACAGAAGAAAAAUUAGCCAUCAGUGAAGCCAAAUGAAUGCUAUAAAUAGACGUCUUGUUGUUCUUGGUCAAACUCAAUAACGUGUUGGAUGAAUUUGGAUGAGUCUGCCUCACGUUUCAAAUGUGGCCGCUGCAUCGAUUCACAUUAAUUUAAUCCUCUUGAAUAAGUCAGAAACGAACCAUUAGUGAUAAUGAAGGCAUGUGUCUGAGGUCUGUACGUUUGGGCUGCCUGACAAUCACUUCACCUCUCUCUCUCUCUCUCUCUCGCAUGACAUGUGUGAGAGUAACGCUCGCUCAUGCUGUUCUUCACCUCUGCAUUGUUAUGCCCCCCCCUCCUCCUGCUUCACUCUCACUCCUAUGGGAAGCCGACGCUCUGAUCCAUCCACACCGAGACCCUUUCCUCUCACAUCCUCUCUGUUACACUCGGAUCGACUCAUUCCGUGUUUUCUACUUGUGUUUGACUCUUGACUGUCGAGUGUGUGGCUCACAGACAUGUUUUGAACUCUAGGAUCAGAUAGGGCUUUUCUGAUGUCACUCGUGAAUGUUUUUGUCCAGCUCAAGGAGAGACGUUCGCUCCUCCCACAUGAAACAAUAACAAGGGGCUCGAGUCGAAGCAUUUUUUUUUUUCUCAUGCACUGUAAUCCUCAGCCCCUCUUCUAAAAAACUAAAAUGUAAAAAAAAAACUAAAAAAACUAAAAAGCCAAAAAGAAACAGCUCUUACUGUUUUUGUUAAGUUUUGGUCUUCCACCCCACUCUCACAGCAAAGCUGUAUGGCACUCUCUCAGAUGACACACUGUCAUGCUCAUAUAGCGCUGUACUCCUGGCCAAAUGUAGUGCACUAUAUGGUUAGCUGUUUGCGAUUUGAUUUGUCCUGUGUUUCAUAGCAUUACUGGGUAACUCCGGAGGCGGUCGUGUUCUGUUUUUGUCUUUGUGUUUUUAAAGAGUUUGCAGUAACUGCCUCCUAUAGUGUUAAUACUGUACGGACAAUUUGGGGCGACGUUGCCGCCCCGGUACGUUUUUGUGGCCCUUCCGAACAUUUCAUGGAAUCGGCUCAUACAAUGAGACAAGCCAUGACGAUUUAAUUCAAACGACACACACCUAAUUCUUAAGGGCUUCCUCUGACACAUACAUACACACACACACACACGCAAUCAAUCACAUGUUUCACACAGUAGGAAAAGAAUCAACGUAUCUUUUAUGGCAGCUAGUAGCUAGGUCAUCCAGGGCUUCCAGACACUCUGUGUUCAAAUCCCAGCAGCUGCAGAAUGUUUUGCUUCUUAUUCCGCUGGUUUUUCUUUGAUUGUCCCUUCACAGUCCUCACAUUCAGAUCCUGUCGAUAGAGUACAGGGCAACGCAGUCACAGUGCGUCCUGCUCCCCAGACGUGCUCGCAGAUCAGGGCGGGGUUUUUAAUACCAAGGGUAAUCUGUAGAGUAAUAAUUGGUGAAAACGGGAAGUAGCUGCUGUGCUCUGGUGCUCCAGCCAGCGUGACCUUCAACUUAUUUGCUGUCUUGACGGUCUGUGUGCUGUUGGGUGACGGGGGCAGUGGGAAUCUAAUAAGCAGCUGUCCUGGUCGAGCGCAGCAGAUGAUUCAUUUAGAUUCCACACAUGUAGAAACAAAUCGGCCCAGGAGCUGAACUGGUCGUCUGCCUGAAGGUUAUCCCUCGGUGCUUCGGUGCAACUCCCUACUGAACGCCGCUGACAAACCAAUGAAACGCAGUUGGUAGCGGGAGAGUUUAAGUUCUCUGAAGAGUCUCCCGCAGCGUCCCACCAUAGACCCGACAACCCCUGUUUCUCAUUCUCGGCGAAACCGGUAACCCAUCCCCUCGCCGGGCUCUGCAGUCGAGCCCCUCACCCGUACACGCUCAGAACAGAUGCAGGGCUGCGAAUGUGUCUGAGUGACCUGAUGAGCUUCGACCGCUGCGUGCGUCUGUUGAGGCCGAACUCGAAGCCCUUCUCCAAACUGUCCAAGUCGCCGUGUUAAAGAAAUAAAAUGUGUUGUGUUUUUUUUUGCCAGAUGGGUUUAUUGAGAUUCCUGGUGCUGCACUGGGACGUUACUGGCCAAUGAGAGAAUGUUAGGGUUUUAAUGUACAGUAGAUUAAUUGUUUUUAAAGAAAAAGGUACCAUUUUUUUUCUCCAGAUUGACUUCUGAUUUUUACUUUUUUUAGCCAAACGUAACCCCCUCCCCCAUUUCCUUCCUAAAGGUUUGAAAACAGGGUUUCCUGAGGCAUGCUAGCCAGUGACCUCUGACCUUUUUUGUGAUUAGAGGGGGGAUGCAAAGAGAGCUAUGCCAGUAAGGGGUGACACACUCCCCUCAAGCCUCCGCUCUCCUAUUUUUGCUUUAAGUCUCUUUUGUAUGCAGAACCAAAAUGUAAAAACGUCGGCUAACUAGGUUUCAGUCCUGACCUGGGCGUCUGUGCAUAUGUGUGUGUGUAAAUACCCUGAAUACAAUCAUUGGGAUCUCGUUUUAAAAGGCAAAAUGACUUAAUUGAAGAUAAGUGUAGCUUCUAAAGAACAUGUAUCAUUAUUUGUAAGUUAACCAUCUGCAUGUCUUCAAGCCACCUGGCGUUAGCUAAUAAUUUUUAAGAUUUAAAAGAAAAAAAACUUUUUAUACUUUUUAUUUUUUACAAUUUAUUUGCUUACCUAAAUAUCCCAGACAAUAAUGUGACCCUUUUUAUUACUUCAAAUUUAUUUUUAUUUUCCAUUUUUUAUUUUCCUUAUUUCCUGUGUACUACAUAUAGGCAAUUUAUAACAAUGAGAAAACUAUUGAAGAAAUUUUAAAAUUGAAAUAUAUUUUAUUUGAAAGUUUAUGGACCUUUUAACCGUGACCCGGGAAAAUUGUAUAAUCAUAUAAUUUGAGCUGACUUGACGGUUAUGAGAAAUGUAUCAAGAGUUUUAUUUUUUAUGCUUCUUUAAUAAAGUCUUGUUUUUGGUUUCAUUUUUUACUGUAAAAUAAGAAA